AUGGCAGAACCAAACCCCAGUUCCUUCGCUGAUUUCCCUGAAGAUGUCCAAUUCUGCAUCCUCUCGUUCUUAACCCCAACAGAAAUCGCCAAUUUCGCUUGCACUUCCAAACGCUUCGCUCCUCUAUGUCAAAACGACAGCAAACUCUGGUACUCACUUUGCGACAGGCGGUGGGGCUCAAAGACCCAAAUCACUAAAUGGGGCAACGGUCAAAUCUCCUAUAAAUUGCUCUACAAAACGCUUAACAAAUGGGAAAAUCUGAUUGGUUUCUGGCGCCGUUGCGGUCAAAGUCGACAGAAAGAAACGGUGAAGCCGCCGGGGUUAGUUUUCUUCGAGUGGGGCCCUUCGUUUCUCUCCGGUUGGAGAGUUUCUCCGUCUCAAAACGGUACGUAUUGCGUCAUAAAGUCUCCAUUUUUGUGGAUGAAUAUUUCGCCGGAGGGUCAAAUUAUGAAUUAUUUGGAUCCUGAGGGGCAAAAUGAUAAUAAACUAUGUGGUGUAUUGGGGUUUUUAGAUAUGGAUUUAGUUGCGGUUAAUGUGAAUUUUAUUGGGGAUUCACAUUUUAGUGUGGAGGAGAAUAUGAAUUUUGCUUGUAGAAGUUUGAGUUCCGCGAAUUUGAAAGGGGAGGAUAAUGGAGAAGAUAUUGCUUGUGUUGAAAGUGGAUCACCAGGGAGUUUACCGGAAACGUUAGAGAUUUAUCAGUAUUAUGCAAACAGGAUGAGUCCUGGUGCGGAUAGGGCGCUAAGGAAGCAGAGGAGGAGAGAGAAGGAGAAGCAGGGGAAGAAGAGGUGGGAGACUGAGCAUUUUUUGAAGAUUGUUGAUUCAUCACCCACGCUGGAUCGCCCUUUGCAGGGUCUGUGGAAGGGAAUUUGUGAGGACAGGAAGUUGGAAUUUUAUCUUGUGGGAUAUGAUGGAAUUGGCAUCUCCUGCCGGAGAGUUGGCAACUUGUCUGAGCGUCUCUCUAGUUCUACACCAGUGUUUUGGACAUCAGAUCCUACAUUUAUAGAGUCCCCUUUUCCAACUGAGGAACAAUAUAUAUAUGAUACUCGGAUUCAUCUUCAGCCACCUGAAGCUGCAAACUCAGAUUGGAAAUUGCCUUUAGAAAAGGAUGCGGUCUCUCGCAUUAUGUAUAUCAACUCAAGUUACGAUUUAGUAAUUCCAGGCUUGGAAGGAGGUUCUGCAAAUCCUUGGCGAGUUGAAGGAAGGAUUUGGCAGUACAGGAAUGGGACAUUUGGAUUUGGCUUUCUUCGGGAUCAUUUUAUUGUGGACCUGAACCACAUUGCCAAAAAUGGUUGUCUUCUUGAUACCCUGGAGACUUUUAGUGAUUGA